GCGACGCUCCUGGGGACGAUUGUUCCCAGCGAAGCGCGGCAUCCCGGAGUUCGUGCUUUCCUGACGCGUUAGAGGGGAGUUAAACGGGCCGGGCGAAAAGAUGGCGCAGGCGGAUACCGAGAUGGAUCCCAAUGGACUGCAUAUGAGAAGCUGCAGGGAGCUGUGGACGAUUCUCCUCGGCCGCUCUGCCCUGAGAGAUCCCACACAGAUCAAAGCUGAACUCGAUCGAUUUGGAGACCGAUUUCUCCAGGGACUGGCGUAUUAUAAACCUCCCAGCCCGAGCUCAGCAAACAAAGUUAAAUUGAACAAGUCUGUGCAUCCGACACUAAAGGAACUUGGCUUGCGGAUCAGCAAAUUCUUGGGUCUUGAUGAGGAACAGAGUGUCCAGCUGCUGCUGUGUUACCUCCAGGAUGAUUACAGGGGCACCCAAGCUUCCAUAAAGCUGGCGCUGCAGGAGGAGAGGCAGAGUCAGGCUUUGAUGCUGAAGAUUGCCAACUAUUACUAUGAAGAAAGGAUUUGUAUGCUACGUUGUGUCCUGCAGCUGCUGACCUAUUUCCAGGAUGAGAAGCACCCGUACAGGAUGCAAUUUGCACAAUGUAUGGAAAUGCUGGAGCAGAAGGAUAUGGUAGGAAAAUACUGCAAACACCUGGAAAAACUGUGCAAAGAAGAUGCUCCGACCUGGGAAACACACGGGAACCUCAUGACAGAACGUCAGGUGUCGCGCUGGUUUGUACAGUGCCUACGGGAGCAGGCCAUGCUACUGGAAGUCAUCUUCCUAUAUUACGCCUACUUUGCCAUCUCUCCCAAAGAAUUGCUGUCCCUCACAAGACUGUUCAAAGAGCAAGGCUUUGGUCUCCGUCAGCAAAAUAGGCAUUUGAUAGAAGCAAGCAUGGACCCUCUGGUGGAAAGGAUUGGCUAUUUUGCGGUCCUAAUCCUACUGGAAGGGUUUGAUAUCGACACACUACAGGAAUGUGCCUUAAAAGACCAUACUGAUCAGCACCCGUUUGCUCUGGAAAAGCAGAUCUGCAAGGACAUGGAUGACGUUCUGCUAAUGCUCGGAGACUUGCCGCACCAUGCACCCGUGCUCUUGGCCUGGGCUCUGCUUCGGCACACGCUGAGCCCGGAUGAGGCUGCUCCAGCCAUCCGUAAAAUGGGCAACACUGCCAUCAAGCUACAUGUUUUCCAGUAUUUGACCAACAUGCUCCGGGCCCUUGGUAGUGGUGAAAAUAACUGUACGACCAGCACGGCGUGUGUGUGCGUCUACAGUCUCCUGUGCUUUGUGCUUAUGUCCCUGGAGGAACAGACAUUGGGAAAUCAGCAGGAUGUUAUUGAUACAGCCUGUCAAGUUCUCUCUGCUCCAAACCUCUCGGACCUCUUUUGGAACACGGAACCUACAACAGGCCUUGGGAUCCUUUUGGACAGCGUGUGUGGGAUGUUUCCUUAUCACAUGUCCCCAUUGCUUCAGCUUCUCACGCCUCUGGUCUCCAACAGAACCACUGCCAGGAAGGUGUAUAUGUUCCUCAAUAAGAUGUCCUUCUACACCGAGUAUUACAAACACAAGCCUCAUGAUGUCCUGUCACACGAGGAUGAAACACUCUGGAAGAGACAGUCCCCUAAACUUCUUUACGCAUUAGGAUUAGGGCAGACCAAUAUACGCGUACCCCAAGGAACCAUCGGGCAAGUCACAUCGUGCGGACUCGGCGCGCUUGUACGUUGGGAAUUCUCAUACAGCUGCUGGACUCUUUUUACCUGUGAGAUUGAGAUGGUGCUGCACGUUGUAUCAACAGCAGAUGUAAUCCAGCACUGUGAAAGGGUCAAGCCGAUAAUAGAUCUGGUUCACAAAGUCAUCAGUGCCGACCCAUCCCUGGCCGACUGCCUCCUACCCAUAACAUCUAGACUAUAUUUGCUUCUGCAGAGGCUGACAACCAUAAUGCGCCCUCCGAUGACCUUUAUUGCAUCGUGUGUUAACUGUGUCACUGCCCUUGCCCAAACCAUGACAUCUAAGGUUUGGGCAGAUUUACAUCAAACUGGGUUCCUGCCAUUGGUGUCAAAUCCUGGUUUUGGACGUAUCAGCGCUGAGGGGAUGAACUCCGGUGGGUACAGGACGCUGCUGGGGAUAGAACAGAUGCAUGGCGAGUAUGAUGUCACCAUAUCUUUCCUGCAUCUUGUCACUGCUCUAGUGAAGGGUCGGCUCGGAAGUACCCAAGGACUUAUCCCAAGUAUCCAGUUUGUCCUGCAUGAAAUACUUCCCAAUUACUACCGGUGGCGUUACAAGAGCCAUGGAGUGAGAGAUCAGCUAGGCUACUUGAUAUUGCAAUUACUCCACGCCAUCCUAAACCUGUCAUCGGAUUUGGUAGCCGACACCAGUAACCCAAGCCUGCAGUCUGUCUGCGUCUACGGCCUUUUGAACACAGAAGCCAGACAAGCCGUUAUUAACGUCAUGGGGACUGGAGUGGAUACCAUCAACGGGGCAAUAUUUUCUCGGGCAGGCAGCAGUGGCACGGAGGGCCAGGGACAGAUGCUGAUCCAAAUGGUGAAACUGGCCUUUUCCAUCACCAAUAAUGUAAUCCGACUGAAGCCUCCCAGUAGCGGAAUGUCCCUUCUGGAGCAGGCACUCACCCAACAUGGUGCCGAUGGGAAUAAUCUCAUUGCCGUGCUAGCAAAAUACAUCUACCAUAAAUAUGAUCCGUCUCUGCCACGGCUGGCAAUCCAGCUUCUCAAACGUUUGGCCACGGUUGCGCCAAUGUCGGUUUACGCUUGCUUGGGUAGUGAUGCCGCUGCCAUCCGAGAUGCCUUCCUGAACCGCCUGCAGUGUACCGUUGAGGACAUGCAGAUUAAAGUCAUGAUAUUAGACCUGCUGACGGUAGCUGUCGAGACACAACCGGGACUCAUUGAACUUUUCCUAAACCUUCAAGUGAAGGACGCAAGCGACGGGACAAAGGAGUACAGCAUGGGGCGGUGGAGCUGUCUCCACGUUGUCUUGGAUCUGAUUGACUUCCAGCAGCCUGAUCGCUUUUGGUGCACCCCUCAGCUACACCGCUCGGCCGUCGCUUUCCUCCAUGCCCUGUGGCAGGACCGCCGUGACAGCGCGAUGACCGUGCUCAGGACCAAGCCCCAUUUUUGGGAGAAACUGACCAGCCCUUUGUUUGGAACCCUCUUACCCCUAUCCGAAUCAUCAGAGCUCAGUGCUCUGGAGACUUGUGCCUUCAUCAUGAAAAUCCUCUGCCUGGAGAUCUUCUACGUGGUCCGGGGCUCGCUGGACAGUUCCUUGAAAAGCAUACUGAAGAAGUUCUCUGACGAGAAACGCUUCGCUUAUUGGUCGAAAUACGUUCACUCUCUGAUCUGCCAAGUGGCCGACGAAGAAGGAAGCCGCGCCAUCCCUCCGGAAUAUCAGAUGCUGCUGUCGGGCUGGCGUAUGCUCCUCAUCGUCUCGACCAAUCACGCCGAAGUGACCCACUUGACAGACGCAGCUGUCCGAAAGCAGUUGUUCAGAGACAUCCUAGAUGGCACACAAGCUCUGUUUCAGGUUCAGAACUCUGUGGUCUGUCUUCAACUUGGCUCCAUGCUGUGCACGCUGAUGGUCAUCUUACUGAGAAAGUGGAUGAAUGACUUAGACUCUCCCAGUGAUAUUAUUUUGUGUCUUGCCAAAAUCCUGGAGGGAAUUCUUCAGACUGAUCCUCAACAAAUGGAGAAAACCAAAUCCAGAGUCUUCUCUGCACUGAUAUCUGUGGUGAAUAUGAAGCCGAUGAAAGCCAGCGAGAUACCUCAGUACCAGCAGCUGGUGCACAGCGUGUGCGAGACUUUGCAGGAUGAAGUUUUGUCGCUUGUUGAUCAGACGCAGCAUUCACUGAAAGCAGAGAGUAACUCUGAGGACAGCAUGGAAACCGAGAGUUCCCUCCGUACCCGACAAAAGGACCAGCGUGAUGGCGUGAGUGUCUGUGUUCUCGCUCUGUACUUGGCCAAGGAACUGUGCCAGGCAGACGAGGAUGGAGAACAGUGGUUACUUGUGAUCAGGAAGCUGCCCGUACUGCAUACACUUCUCGGCGCUCUUGAGGUCAGCCUGCGCUUCAAGCAGAACCUUCAUUUUUGUGACGCCACUCUGCAUCUCCUGUUUACGCUUGCAAAGACCCAUCAGGGAGCGGCUGCUGUUGCCGGUGCUGGUCUAGCAGAGAGUGUGUGUCUGCCCCUUCUUAGCGUGUACCAGCUGAGCACCAACGGGGCCAGCACGGCACAACCUUCCAUCUCCUCACGCAAAGCUCUGGAUGCUCCCUCCUGGCCUGGUGUUUACCGUUUGACCGUGUCCCUCAUGGAGCGAUUGCUGAAGACUUUGAGAUACAACUUCCUCACAGAAGCUUUGGACUUCGUCGGCGUUCAUCAGGAAAGGAUCCUACAGUGUCUGGGUGCAGUGCGCACGGUGCAGAGCCUGGCUUGUCUCGAGGAGGCCGACCACACUGUAGGUUUCCUUCUGCAGCUCUCAAGUUUUACACACGAGUGGCAUUUCCACCUGCCCCAGCUAAUGAAGGAUAUUCAGGUGAACCUUUGUUACCUGUGCCAGUCGUGCACCUCUCUCCUGCACAGCCGCAAAAUGCUUCAGCAUUAUUUACAGAUAAAGAACGGAGAGACUGUGGCACCAGCUGCGGCUCCCCGUGGUUCUCAGACACCUUCUAAGCAGCCGACAGCCGAGAGCGAGGCCUUGGAGUUCAGAGCGUUGCAGUGCGUUCAGCACAGCCUACUGAAGAUACUCAGCCAGACCCUGGCCUCCCUAAGAGCUUUCACUCCCGACCUCUGCCAGAUCCUACAGCUCUGGCCUCUUGACCUUGCCCAGUACCAGUUGCUCUUCUCUUUGAGCUUUACAACUCCAGCAUUCGAUACCGAUGUCACUCCUUCUUUUGGAACUCUUCUGGCCACUGUGAAUGUCACGUUAAACAUGCUGGGAGAGUUGGACAAGAAGAAAGAUCUUCCUUUACUGGCCCAGACUUUGCCUACCACCGCCGAAGAAAACAAAAAUCUGAAGUCCCUGCUGCUCUUCACCAUGGAGAAUUGUUUUUACGUGUUAAUAUCACAGGCUGUACGGUACUUGAAGGAUUCAUCUGUGAACUCCAGGGACAAGCAGCGCAUGAAACAGGAGCUUAGUUCUGAACUGAGCACCCUGCUAUCCAGCAUCUCUCGCUACCUCCGACGUGGGGGUCCAUCCUCUCCGGCUGGAGGUCUCCUUCCCUCUCCACAGUCACAACCUGCCACAUUUGCAAAGGCUGCCCCCGAAGCACAGGAUCCUAUCAUCCAGCUUGUGCAUGCAUUCGUACGACAGCUGCAGCGAUAAAGGACCUCGCGCAAAACCCUCCGAACUACCGUAAAUAAAUGAAACUGCCAUCUGACAUGUGCGUGUUUGGGGCUUUCGAGCUUUAAUACACACUCUGGAUAACACAAGACUAUCGUACCCCGAUGCUGCCAUGUUUACGGUUUUUGGAAUGUAAAGUUUGAGGAUUUCUGGAAUGCUCCUCGUAACCACGGUAUCUGCCUUAGCCCAAGAGCAGUGUCUGUCCCUCAGAACGGGGUGUUUUGGGCAAUUUCCGUAAGUGCAUGUUUUUCUUUCUGUGCACCAAAGUCCGUUUUGCCUCUCCUUCUGCAGACGUCACAAUUUUUGUUUUGUUUUUUUAAACAAAAAUAUUUAUACUGUAACUAAAAUAAAGGGUAUUUACAUA